GUUGGGGCAUGAUGUGUUUGUUCUCUCUCUGCCUUACCUGUCGGUUUACAAAAUAGGGAGGCACAGGAGAGGGGGCGGUGGCCAUUUUCUCUCCCUCUCGAAGUUGUCACAGAAUCAGAGGAUUCAGUAAUACACCUGUCGUUAAGCCGAAUUAAUAGAUUAAUACGUUUUUGACGCCUGUCUAUGGAAGAUCCUGCUUAACAUCAUGUGUUAACGAUUCGUUUGGAUAAUAGGCCUACCAAUAGGACAUAAAAAUGAAAAAGUCAACGUUUUUUUUGGGUCGAAAGAACCAAUCACUUUUCGACACCAAUAUUAAAAUCAAGGAGAUGGACAAUGUUGAGCUGGUGUUGGAUUCAUCAGCCAUUCCUGAAUCAGGCACUGCCAAAGUGAGGAACAGACCCACAGUAAAGCACUUCACGUCGUCCUCUGAUGUUGUACAAGGGUUUAAUGUACCAACGCCCAAAGUUCCUGUCCUCCCCCCUUUCAACAGACCAAAGAUCAACGGGGCAGUAAACGGUGAACGGUUGUCCAAUGGAUCUGCUGUAUCUGUACCUGAUUUGGUGGGAGAGAUAUUUAUUCCACCUCCACCUUCGAUGCCCCCCCCACCCCCUCCACCCAUAUUCAACCCUCCCCCACCAGAUUUCUUGGGUGACCUCGACUCCAUUCAGCCUCCCUCCAUAUUCAACCCUCCCCCACCAGAUUUCUUGGGUGACCUCGACUCUAUUCAGCCUCCCUCCAUGCCCCCUCCAAAACCCCCAUCAAAACCAUCAUCAGUUGCCCCCUCUGAAGGGGACAAGAAUGUUUUCACCUCCAUGAAACUUCCACCUAUGGCCCCUCCGAAGCCCCCGUCAACUUCCUCCAGUGCUUCUAGUUCCUCUUUGUCCAGUUCUACACCACCACCAACCACUGUCCCUGUUAUCACAGAGCCCCCAAAGUUUGCCCCUCCACAGCCCCCUACAGACAUGAGGCAAGCUGCUCUGAAAGCCCUGAAGACACCGCCUACAAAGCCAAUGAGGCUGUCCUCCAUCCCCAUUAUGUGUGAACUCCCCCAGGUUCCUGCCCCAGCACCCCCUGUACAGAACCCUAGACCGUCCAGCUUCAACCCCCAGAACACAGCUAAGCUCUACAGUGUUCCUAAAACCGGCAUUCUAGAUAGGCAGGUGGAAGGUGAAAAUAAGCACAAGCAGAUCCUACUGCUGCAUGACCCUGGGUCUACUGACUCCGUCCUGGUCAAUGGGACAGCCCCCUCUGUGGCACCGCCAGUUAAGCCAGCCCGGAGAAACAGCUCGGGUAUGCAGCUGGAGCAAGACCUGAAGGAGUUAAAGGAUAAUUUUAAAGCCACUCUUCAAGGCCAACCCACCCCACCUGAGACUCGGAAGGAAGUGAAAGUGGGGCCUUUGCCUUUAUUAGCACAGCAGUCUAUCAACAAACCUGCCGAAACUCCCACUAAAGCAUCACCAAUGCUUCAGGUCGUCACUGCCCCUGUAACCAUAGAGGCUAGCCAGGUCAAACACAAAGUGUCUCCAAACCGGAGUCGCAAGUUCAGUCCAAUGCUGGACCGUAAACUGCGCAACCUAAAGUUCAGUGCGGUCACUGGGACGAGGGAGGGUCCUGCCACUUCCCCCCUGGCUCUUCUCAUGGCGGCUAAAGAGCGAGAGAAGCACAGGUCCACUUUGUCACGCGAAAACAGCACAAAGAGUAAUGAGCUAUCCACCAGCAUCCAGCACAGCGAAUCCAAUCCCAAUUCUUUCACCAUCAUCCCCAGGUCCACCUCAUUCACUUCGGUGACCUCACAAGAUAAUCCACAGUCUGUGGUCCCAGUGCAGCCCCCAGUGGUGAUCCAGACUUCAGCAAAACCCCAGAUCAUUGAGUCAGUGGUGGAAAAGAGGCCAAUUGCAAAUCCAGUAUUUCAGGGGCUCCUGGCUGUGGAGAAACAAAGUGGAGAGCAGAGGAUUUCAUCCCCCUUUAGCCUUGUCAGGAAUGAAGAGAACAGGGAGGACCUAUGCUUGCCAUUACUCCCUCCCCCUCCCGAAUUUGAUGACCAUAAUGAUGUCGUGGAGUCUCCCCCCAGCUCGCCUCCACCUGACCCUCCCCCAAAGAAGGUCCUGGUUCCCAUUCCCACCCCUGCCUUUCCAGUCCUGCCCCCCACUGCCAGCCUUAUCGUUCCUGUCAAAACUCCCUCCCCUGCGCCCCCCCCUCCUCCAAAACCCAAACCUCCAAGCCCUCCCAAACUCCUGCCUCCCGUCAUGGAGGUCAAACCCAAGCUACCUGUUCAGACCACACCCAAGCCACCUCCCACCCAGGCGUCCUCCUCCCUCUCAGCCAGCCAGGCCACGCUCCUGACCAUCCUGCAGAAGAAGAUGCUGGAAAUGGACCACAAAAUGGACAACAAAAUGCUGUCCAUGAAGACAGACUCUGAUGACUGGGGUUCUCCCUUGUCUGAGGAGACCAUGGUCCCUGUUGUUCCCAGGGUCACCCCGAAGACCCCUGUUAUCACCGCAAAGAGCAAGAAUGCCACCUUGUCAGCCAGAACACAAGGCCUGGACAUGAAGGAGCUGGAGACUAAAAUGGCCAAGAAUUCUCAGGGUUUGUCAGCUCCAUCAAAAGUACCCAUCAGCAAUGGGCCACAGUCAAAGCAGGCAUAUGGCAUGACUUUCAUGGUACGACCCGGAACCAAACAACCAAUAACUGUUGUCAGCAAAGGGGUCUCAUCAUGAGGAGCCAACUUCAAAUUAUACCACACAUUCAAUUAAAAUAACUUUAAUUUCCUGAGAGAACUAUAUGUGUGGUGACGGGUCUGUACAAGACAAAUAACAAAAUAGCAACAUAGAACACAAAAACGUACAGUGUAAUAGAUUAGGAGCAAUCUAUGCAAUCACAGGCUAUAUAUACACAUACAGUACCAGUCAAAAGUUUGGACACCUACUCAUUCAAGAGUUUAUUUAUUAUUACUAAUUUCUAAAUUGUAGAAUAAUAGUGAAGGCAUCAAAACUAUGAAAU